AUGGCCCCCAAAGACGCCGUCAACUUUGAUAUUAUCGAGGAUCACAAGGAAAAUAUUCAAGCGCUCCCGAGCGGCCGAUCAGCCAAGAAGCUUGCCGAAUUAUUCUCCCAGUCGCCACUUCAACCCCAGUUGACACCGUCACCUUUGGACACCAAGGAUGUAAAUGACAGCAUCCGUGCCGAGUUUGAGGAAGAGCUGGCACAAAUUUCUGAAUCGGAUGAUCCUCUCGACAUCUACGAUCGCUAUGUUCGCUGGACGUUCGACGCAUAUCCCACAGCCCAGGCCACCCCGCAGUCCCAACUGCACACGCUUCUCGAGCGCGCAACCAAGGCAUUUGUGAGCUCGGCCCAAUACAAAAACGACCCGCGCUAUGUCAAAAUGUGGCUCCACUACAUCACCUUUUUCUCGGAUGCGCCGCGCGAGGCGUUCGUCUUCCUCUCUCGGCACUCGAUCGGCGAAACACUUGCGCUAUUCUACGAAGAAUAUGCCGCGUGGCUUGAGGGCGCGGGCAGGUGGGCUCAAGCAGAAGAGGUCUACAAGCUGGGGAUUGAGCGGGAAGCCCGGCCUGCCGCACGGUUGUUGCGCAAGUUUGGCGAGUUUGAGCAACGAAGGGAACAACAGGAGGUGGAUGAUGGCCCAUCAUCCCCGGCGCUUCCAGCGGCCCGGCCGGCACUUGCCUCCAAGGUCGACCCUUUUGCGACUGCCACCGUUGCUCAUGACCCGCAAGCGCCAAGACAGCCGGCUGGACUUGGAGGGUCCUCGUCGAAGCCGGCGCGUUCGAAGUUGGCUAUUUUCUCUGACGCGGAUGCUGAGCCUGCGGCGCCAGCUAUGUCAUCACGCGGUGCGGGAUCCAAGGGAUGGGAUAGCAUCGGGUCUCUGUCUGACCGGAAGAAGGAGAACGUGGUGGAACCUAAACCGUGGGCUGGAGAGACACUAAAGGCCGGAGGCAAGAAGAGUGGCACGAAGAUGGCCGUGUUCAGGGAUGCGGUCACGGUGAACCCUGCCAACGGAAAGAGGGAACGCGUGUUUGUCGAUUUGCGGAUGAUUUAUCCGACCCCUGAUGAACCUGGUACUGAACUCAGCUUCGAGGAGGUUUGGGCUGCUAAUAAGGGGUGGCUCCGUCAUGAAUGGGAAGACGAAGAAACGCCUUCGUUUGCGGACGAAAACUCCAUGGGAGAGGUGAAUUCUCUGGCGGAUAGAGUUUCACAGAAACUGACAAUCCACCGUGACGUCCUACGGCUCGACGAGAACGGUGCCCCUAUUUAUCCAAAGGAGGCGAAGCCGCGGAGGAAAAAAGUGGUUGAGGUCAAUGAAACGCAAAUCAGUAUGCCUGUCUUCGUUCUUGUCAUCUUCAUUUCUAACACUGUGGUAGUCAAAGCAAAGUUGGACUCGCCUUCUGGGCCCAAGAUUAAAAAGAAGAGGCGGUCCACUGCUGAACCAACCAUGACACUGCACACCAAAGCAGCCACUGACGACAUUUACGAUAUCUUUAACGCACCCCUCAAACCAGCUGGCCGUGAAUUGGGCGCCAGCGAUGAUGAGGGUGGUUAUGAAUCUGAUGACUACACAAGCGAUGCCGAGAGCACUGUGAACACGACCAACAUCCCGCCGAGUGAAGCAGGCGAUGAGGGAGAAGGUGCUGGGGGAGAGGAUGACGACGAUGCCUCGGAUGUGAAGAGCGUGGCCAGCGAAUGGUCAGAGUUCUCAAUGCACAAGCACAUCCCUGACCUCGAACGAGACGCCGAGGAACGGGACGAGACCCAGGUUUCUGAUUUAAUCGACAUGGGACAGGAGAAUGUGGCGUCAGCAAGUGACCGGGAAUAUGACGAGGAUGACGAUGACUUGGAACCCCCUAGGACGAGGACCAUGUUUGUGCCGAUACCUCCGGAAGACUACAUCCCCUCCCGGCGGCCGUAUAGGGAUCCCGUCGAGGCAGCUAACAACCGCCUUCCCUUUAUGACACCGAUCACGGAGAGGACUGAGACUUCGCUGGAUAUGACAAGCGAUCACAGCAGGUAUGGCAAAACGCCGUCUAGGAGGCGUGUCGAGCAGCUGUUGGAAGAGGACGAGCUUGAGGACGAGCUGGAGGACGAGGAAGAGAACCUUGAUCUGGAACCGCUCAGCAGUCCGCUGCGGGAGGUAAUCGAGGAGGACAGGCCAAAGGGAAAAGUCGCUCAACCCCUCCUCCCUAAAGUGAAGCCAACCUCGGCCGGUGUGCCAUUUGCCCCGAAAGCGCUUAUCCCCAAGGGACCCAUCAUCAAGGAGACCCAAUGCAAUCCCGUCGAUGAGAGCGUACGGGCAGAAAUCCUGGCGAACAUCCACCCCCCACUCAGCUCAUAUGAUGGGUUUUACGACCACAGAGAUGAGAAGUAUGAGAGGGGGGCUGAGAUUCGGAAGUUCGCUAAGGCAGCCGGUAAAGGAAACAGGAACAGCACGGACAAGACGGGCAAUCUGGGCACCGCCGUGGUUCUUGAUUUUCCCGGGACAAAGUCACAGUACACCAUCCGGAAGGAGCUUGGAGCUGGCGCCUUCGCUCCAGUAUACCUCGUCGAGAACUCGUGUCCAGAUGGCGACUCACCCACUGACGAAAACCAACAUGACGAGAACGGCCCGGUCGCUGUAAUGGGCCGCGGUACAUUCGCCAGCACACACAACAAACGCUACGAACGCGAGGCGCUCAAGAUGGAGGACCCGCCAACACCCUGGGAAUUCUACAUGAUGCGCCUCGCACACUCGCGUCUCGGCCCGCAACACCGUGCCACGGCCUCCCUCUCGCCCGCCCUCGAAAUGCACCUCUACCAAGACGAGGGCUUCCUCUUUCUCCCCUUCCACCCGCACGGCACCCUACUCGACGUAGUCAACCUCUUCCGCAGUGAAGCCUCAGGCGUCAUGGACGAGCAGCUAGCCAUGUUUUUCUCGAUCGAGCUCCUCCGCACCGUUGAGGCUCUCCACGCCAAACAGAUCAUGCACGGCGAUCUCAAGGCCGAUAACUGCCUACUCCGGCUCAAUCUCGACACCACCGCCACCAACAACCACCCCGACCACCACCACCCCCAACAACUCUCCUCCCAAUACCACGCCUCCGGCGCGGGCGGGUGGGCCGGGCGCGGCGUAACACUAAUCGACUUCGGGCGGGCAAUCGACGCGCGAGUAUUCACACCGGACGUGCGCUUCGUAGCCGACUGGAAGACGACGGCGCAGGACUGCGCCGAGAUGCGCGAGGGCCGGCCCUGGACCUGGCAGAUCGACUACCACGGCCUCGCCGGCACCCUGCACGUGCUGCUGUUCGGCAAGUACAUUGAGACGGUGCGCUGCGACGCGGGCGGGCUGGCCACCUCGGGCGUGGGCGGGCGUCGGUACCGCACCCGGGAGAGCCUGAAGCGGUAUUGGCAGACGGAGAUUUGGGCUGAGUGCUUUGAUUUAUUGCUGAAUCCGGGGGCGUUUGUGGAGGGGGAGGAGGGUGGCGCGAUGCCGGUUUUGAAGGGGAUGAGGGCGGUGAGGGAGAAGAUGGAAAGGUGGUUGGAGGGGAAUUGUGAGAGGGGGGUUGGGUUGAAGGGGUUGAUGGGGAAGGUGGAGGCUUGGGCGAGAGGGAGGAGAUGA